CCUCCUCCCCAUCCUCUGCCGCUUACAAUGGGAAUGGCAGAGCACCCCGGCGCCGUCUUCCUCUCUUCCGCCGCCGUACCCUCGCCGGAGUUCCCUCGGCGAGUGCCGGUUCCCCCACAGCGCCCAUUCGCAGAGGCGCUGGGAGAUAACUUGAAGGAAACGUUCUUCCCCGACGACCCCCUGCGGCAGUUCCGGAACGCGCGCGGGUGGCGCCGCCGCACGGUGGCCAGCCUCGCCUACCUGUUCCCGGUCCUCAAUUGGGCUCCCAGCUAUGACCUCUCCCUCUUCAGGUCCGACCUCGUCGCCGGGAUCACCAUCGCCAGCCUCGCCAUCCCGCAGGGCAUCAGCUACGCCAAGCUCGCCAACCUGCCGCCGGUGAUGGGCCUAUAUUCGAGCUUUGUGCCGCCGCUGGUGUACGCGAUGAUGGGGAGCUCGAAGGACCUGGCGGUGGGGACGGUGGCGGUGGCGUCACUGCUCAUCGCCUCGAUGCUCGGGAAGGAGGUUUCUCCGGCACAGGAUCCGACGCUGUACACGCACUUGGCCUUCACCGCCACCUUCUUCGCCGGCGUCUUCCAAGCCUCCCUCGGCCUCUUAAGGCUAGGGUUCAUAGUGGACUUCCUCUCCCAUGCAACCAUUGUAGGGUUCAUGGGCGGAGCUGCCACAGUGGUGUGCCUUCAGCAGCUCAAGGCCAUGCUCGGCCUCCCACACUUCACCACAGCCACUGACCUCGUCUCUGUCUUGCACUCUGUCUUCUCCCAAACCCACCAGUGGCGGUGGGAAAGUAUUGUUCUCGGCAGCUGCUUCCUCUUCUUCCUCCUCCUCACACGUUGUCUUAGCAAAAAGGGGCCAAAAUUCUUUUGGAUAUCAGCGGCGGCGCCAUUGCUUUCAGUAAUCCUUGGAAGCCUUCUCGUCUAUCUCACUCAUGCAGAAAACCAUGGCGUACAAGUUAUUGGGUAUCUGAAGAAGGGCAUAAAUCCACCUUCACUGAGCGAUUUAGUGUUCACGGGGCCACAUACGGCUGUUGCUCUGAAGACAGGCAUCGUCACUGGCAUCAUCGCCCUCGCGGAAGGGACGGCCGUCGGAAGGAGUUUCGCCAUGUUCAAGAACUAUCACAUCGACGGCAACAAAGAGAUGGUCGCGUUCGGGGCGAUGAACGUCGUUGGAUCUCUGACCUCGUGCUAUCUAACGACCGGGCCGUUCUCAAGGUCGGCGGUGAACUACAAUGCCGGCUGCCAAACUGCGGUGUCAAACGUGGUGAUGGCGGCGGCAGUGAUGGUCACUUUGCUGUUCUUGACGCCCUUGUUUCAUUACACUCCUUUGGUCAUCCUCUCCGCCAUCAUCGUCGCCGCCAUGGUCGGCCUUAUCAACUACGAGGCAGCCAUUCACCUGUGGCAGGUGGACAAGGUCGACUUCUGCGUCUGCAUGGCCGCUUACUUUGGCGUCGUCUUUGGGAGCGUUGAGAUCGGAUUAGUCCUUGCAGUUGUGAUUUCCCUUCUUAGGGUUCUCUUAUUCGUCGCGAGGCCAAGGACGACAUCGCUAGGCAACCUUCCUAACUCAUCGACCUAUCGGCGCAUGGAUCAAUACUCCAUGGCUCAAGGUGUGCCUGGUGUGCUCAUACUUCGAGUGGAUGCUCCAAUGUACUUUGCUAAUGCAAGCUACUUGAGAGAAAGGAUAUCAAGGUGGAUCGAUGAAGAAGAGGAGAAGCUAAAAUGUAAUGGAGAGACAAGCUUACACUAUGUGAUAUUAGACUUGGGUGCUGUUGGAAGUAUUGACACAGGUGGAAUUGAGCUGCUGGAGGAGCUGAAGAAGAACUUGGAAAGAAGAGAGCUUCAGCUGGUGCUUGCAAACCCUGGAAGUGAGGUGAUGAGGAAGCUGGAGAAGGCCAAACUGCUGCAAAGUAUUGGGCAGCAAUGGAUCUUCCUCACUGUGGCUGAGGCUGUUGCUGCAUGCAAUUUUAUGCUGCAUGAAUGCAAACCCUCUUCUAAUAACAUUGCUGCAAACAUUACUUCUACUGCCGCUGCUGAUCAACAAGGAUUGCAUAAUGACAAUAUUGUAUGAGGUGUCAAUGCACUCAAAUAAUUAAAUAUAGAAUAUUGUAAAUUGUUAUGAUGUGAUGAUCUUAUCUACAUGUCAUAAUUAAUGAUAAGGGUUGUUAGGCAUUUCCAAUGUAAUAUCUACAUUAACGAAAGGGUUCUUAGGCAUUUCCAAUGUAAAAUUUACGUGAGAGGUUUGUAAAAUAAAAAAGUUAAAUAAAAAGUUUGAAUUAUUUUAA